AUGUGCGCCUUCUACUCGGAGCGCCCCUCGAUGACGGCACGCACGGACAUUUUAUGUGCCUCAUCCGCAAUGCAUCUAUGGUGGGUGUGGGUGUGUGUCGUCUCGGCCUAUCCAGCCGCAGCUCUCAGAACGGCAUCGAAGUUGGUCGAUACUGUCGUCAUUGUGCGAUCACUUGUGCGGCAAUUGUGCGCGCACUUCACAUAUUUACUGGCGGCAUUCUUCAGUCCUGCCAGAGCUUUGUCUACAAACCACCAGACUACCGUAAAGGGCAUGCCACCAAUCGUUCAGCGAACAUACAAGUUGGGAGUUGGCAGCACCACCGACGCCGACGCACCUGCUUCGUCUGCCUCUCCGUCGGUGGUGUCCAGCGCGCCAGAGGAGCAUGUGAUGACGCGCACAUGCCACCGCUGGAGCUAUGUCGAUGCGUCACGCCACGAGUCGUGCAUCAUCACCCUGCAGGCGCACUACUCCUUGCACGUGGAUGUUAAGGCCGUGGGCAGCACGGCUGCGGCGUCAUCGACGCAGCCGAUGGGUGGUGACGCGGAGAGCCCCGGCAGCAAUGACGGGCUCUGCGGGUUUGCGUGGGAAUUCAUUUGGGUCCCGAGCCCGUGCCUGUUGUCUGAUGUAGCUAACACGGCGACAACAGCGGCGUCAUCGAACGGCAGUAUCAGCAACCCAGCAGGCCUGGAAGCACAGCAGCCAACGCGCGCACGCUUCUUUUUCCCUCGCACAACAUCACUCGCGCGGUCGACGCUGCAGGGCACUGGUGGCGUUAUCUUCUUGAGCAGCCGGCACGUCCUGGUAGCCACGGAGGCUCCGGAGGCAGCGGGCGCGGGCACAGAACCAGCAGCCGCUUUGAGAAGAGGCUCCAACAAUCAACUCCGCGACGCCGCUCACUACGGCUUGAUGGACAGCUUCGUAUUGAGUAGCGGUGAUGCGGUUGCUAUUAAGCCCGUGUCACGUUCGUGUUCAUGGCUGCGCAUUGCGGCGUCAGCAGCGCUACCCUGUCCAUUCACCGCACCGCAGACACCUGGUCGUGUCAGCGCUACCUCAACUCCACCGUCGAGGCCAUCGACGGUGCUGCUGCUUGUCGCAGGAGUCCCGCUGCCGCUUCCACAUCACACCUCUGCUGCCGCUGCGGAGGUGCCGCUCAUGCGCCUGGUCUACAUUUUUGCCGCCCUCAGCAGCACCAGCGACACUGCCAACGUCGGUAGUGCUCAUCCGCAGCAUCGAGCGUGGGACGUGCUGGCAUGUGUCGCGGAUCUCUUUAGCAACGGCGCCUCAGUAGACAACCCGCAGCCAUUGCAAACUCGAGUGCGGCACACUCUGACGAUCCCGCUACUUAGGUUAAGUGGUCACAGGACUUCAGCAGAGGACAGCGCUCACCGCGGCGGUGGUGAUACCGGCUGGGGACACGCACGCUGCAGCGCAGAUGGAGAGAACGGCACGCCGUCAUCGUCGCGGCCGCCGCCGCAGCCGGUGUCACUUGACCCGCCUGAUCUUCUUUGGGCCUUUGUUGAGGAUGCAGAUACCCGUGGAGUACACCUGUUCCAUGAUGGGCAGCUGUGCGGCAGCCUUGUAGCGCUGCUACCCUGUAGCUGCGCCCCUGCUCGCGCCUCAGUAGCGCCGUCCUUAUCUACUGCUACUGCCUCGUCGCGAGUCGCCAGCUCUGCGCUAUCGCCACCCGUCGUCCUCUGCAUGGGCUUCAAGCGCGACGCACCGUACGGUGCGCUGGGUGUGACCAGUGCCGAACUGGACUCGUAUGCAAAGGCCAAGCAGCAGCAGCAGCAGCCGAGACGGACUUCGCACUCAUCAGUGCAGGAGAUCAUCGAGCAGCUCCUGCCCCCACCAGAGCGCGCUGUGUACGAGCUUACUAUAGGAUGCCCGACCACGUGUAUUGGCCCUCCCACCAUCGUCGCAUCGGGGGCGACAGCUGCGGAGUCACCAGAAACCCCGAUGACGGUGCUCCCCGCAUGUACAAGCCUCCUAAUGCUCAUCAUGGACGGUAUUCACACUCGCAACACCAGCAGCAGCGCUGAGCGACUAGCCGGUGCAUCGCGGACCGUCUCAUCGCCUACAACCUUGGCUGCAGCAACCGCCCCUCCUCAAGGCCUUUACCUCACGGAGACGCUGCCCUGGGAUGCCCUGGCGCUACUGGCGUGCCCUGAAAGUCCGAAGGAGGCAGCAGGGGACGGGAAUUGGAAGAAGCGUAUCCACCACGUGCCUCCCAUGCGAACUCUGUGGCUGGGGUUGGACCCAGUCGUGCUGUCACCGGCACCAACGAGUGCUACGGGAAUAGUUGAUGGCGAAUAUGGCGAUGAGCACGGCGUAAUGCAGGACGUGGUGCAGGCGGCUCAUCGUGAUGUGCUUGCCUGGGACGUUGCGGAUGUCGGUCGCUGGAUGGAAUGGCUGUCAGAGGCGGCGGGCGGUAGCGCAGAUGGCAUGUGCGUGAAGGAUCCUUACGCGGACCCGAUGGCGAGCCACAGCACUGCUGAGGCGGAGGGCACCACCACAUCUGUCUCGGUCUCCUUCAUGGCGACAGUGACGGCGGUGGAAUCGCGUGUGUGUGCAUCUUCCUCGACGUCCACCGCCGACUCCGCUGUCCGCGGUUUCCCCUACUUCAACGAUCUCACCCACGAGCUCACAAUGCUGUGGUACUGCGGCAACGGCGCCACGGGCCCUAUGGACGAAGAAAAGGAUCAAGCAGCGACGGAGCGGGUUGUCGCACUUCUCCGGCCGUCUUUGUGGCUCCCGCGGACAGCGGCAAGCCCGCAGAAGGAGUGGGAGGCGCACGUGGCGGAGUGGGUAGCCGCGGAACACGUUCGUGGGCAUCUCCAGUCGCUCACAACACCCCCAAGCGACGCCGCUGUCGCCGCCGCCACGUACCGGGCCAUGCGGGUCCUAUGGGCCUACGCUGUGCUGCAUGAGACGGGGCCUACUUUGCCGCAGUGGCCGCGUGUUCUCAUGGAGGUGGUGCGCAGCACCGCCACGGACGCCCCGGAGCAUCAGACGCGCCUCCACUAUUACGCACGCGCGAUCCAGACCUUCACGAUGGAGCACCUCGCGUUGCAAGACGGCAGCGACGCCGCCACGCUUGAGAUGGAGGUAUGUCACAUGCGUCGGGCGGCGGGUGUCUUUCUCCGGCUGGUACUCCGCACCCUCGUGGAGUUGGACUGGUGCGCAGGAGACGUAGUAGGGUGGAUGUGCUGCCAGUGGUUUGCGCGGUGGUUCCUUGGCAGCGGCGCCGUCGCUGCUGCAGCAGUCUCCACACGCCCCCCAUCUCCCACCGCCACCGCCGACAUCUCCGCGGUGGAGGCGCAGGCCGCUGCGGUGGAGGGCCGCGCGAUGCAGGCGCUUCUGCAGCUUGGUGCAGCGGCACCUUCUCCAGCCCUGUCCCCUCCUCUGCCCCUGGACUGGCUACGCCGCGCGCUUCUCCUUUUUAUCUGCAGGAACACGCAGCGGCCGCUUGAGCUCACGGUCGAUGACAUCCUCGAGGCCUCAGGGGUGUCGCUGGAGCCAGAGACAAGACUGGAGGCCACACAGGUCGCCGCAUCAACGGGGCCUCCGUGGCCGACGCGCGAUACGGCGGAGCUGCGCGAGUCGAUAGAAUACGCGCUGCUACGCCUGGUGAAGCCGGAGGAGUUGUAUUGCGUGGUGCAUCGCCUUGCACAAGCCUCUCCCGCCAUAUACCUACAAAACAACUCCGCCUUGACGAGUGCUGCAGGCAGUCAUGGGCAUCGUGGACUGCAGGGGCUCGUCGUGCGCGGUGUACUCACGGUGGCAGACCUGCACGCUCUUGUAUGUGCCAGCUGGGCACCAGGGCGGCCUCACGACGCCACCCCACCCCUCGGCUUCACAUUUGUGUGCUGCGUCGUGGAGGCUGCCAUGGCGUUCACGUCAACGGUCUCUCCGGCCGCAACCGACACCAUGGCAGCUGCGGAGGCGUACGAGCGGCUUGCCAUCGCGGCACUGGAUACCUGGAAAGCACAUGAUGGGUAUGAGGACGGACGGCAAGUCCAGGGGACGAGUCAUGCACAGACAGAUGUGGAGGAUGCGGCGGACCGGAUGCCGGUCUACCCGCUGCUUUACACACCUGAACUCGAUGGUCUCACGACCGCGGCGGCGACGACGGUGUCGGCCCCGUUCCCUUUCAUGCUUCUCCCGCCGCUCCUCACCGUGUAUCUGUGGUAUCACGUGGCACACCGCCUGUGUGCUGCACUGCAGCUCUUUCCCCCAGCAGCAUCACAGACCACAGGAGCGAGACAGCCGGAGAAACCACCAGAAGCUGAUACCACUGACGAACAGCAACAUGCGCCGUGGCUGCGGUGUGCGAAGCUGCGAGAUGGGGAUCAGCUGCGGGCGCUUCACCGCGGCGUGUGCGUACUACGGUGCCUCACUCAGGAAGACGCGACCGGCGCUGAGGAGCUCUUCGCCGCCAUGCGCUUUGUGUACAGUAGCUCACAGCGAGAUUCCGGCUACCAGUGUGCACCGCGGCAGAUCGAGCACGCGGGAAUGGCUAACGGGGCGGGUUCAACGUCAGCAACAGCAACAGCCAGUGCCGCUAGCGGUUCGUGGGUGUCGCAAUAUCUGAUCGCCUGGCAGCAUCUUCUCUCGUUGGAAGCGCCGCCGAUGUGCUCGGCAGGUGCUCUGCUUGCCUAUCAGGAGCGCUGCUGCACCGCCGCUGCGUCCACGGCAUCGCAUGCGGGAGACAUCAUGCGCGCUUUGCACCUCAUAUACGCCAGCUCCGGCAGUGGUCGUGUACUACGUGCACAGCUCUCGCGGGCAAUGGGCUUGCACCAGCAGGUAACAAAUGAGUUAGCGACAGAGGAAUAUGCUCACUCCUACGCAGCCUUCACGUGUGUUCUACAGAGCUGGCGAAUCGCGGCUCAGACGCAGAGUCACCACAGUUCAACAAAACUGAGCAUGACCACGACAGCGAUGUGCAACGAAGGUGCUGCCGCGACAGACGUGAUUGCAGCGUGGCUAGUGCAGGUUUGGGUCAACGUUCUGCUGUGCAGCUCAGGCGCAGUCACAGACGUUGGCAUGUACGAGCACCUCUUCGCCGCCCUGGCGCCCGCAACGCAGCGAGGCGAGCAGCGGAGUACCGCCGCCACCGCAGCAGCAGCAGAUGUCACCUUUGCACUGCUCCGGCCCUGCCUUCUGUAUGCCCUGCCGACCCUUGAGCAGCUCGCUGUGGAGGAAGAUCUGGGGAGCAGCAGCGGCGACGGCAACCGCAGCCCAGCGCCAGCCCUGUCGUACCCGCAGUACAGCGAACCUCUCACGUGGAAAGCGAGUGGCACGACGCCGAACGGUGAAAAGGGACCCCAUCGCGGGUGUGUGCCGGUGCGGCUCUGCGCCGGCGAAGUGUGUGAGCGUGUGCGUCGGCAGCUGCGGCGCCUCAUCGCUCUGUACAAUGUGCCUCCAUCAGCCUCGCCUGGCAUCUACUCCACGCAGCGCCGCGAUGUUCGCUUCGAUACCUUGGCGCGACUGAUGGCGAUGCAGCCGACGUUGGGGAACUUGGCAGCGGCGCAGCGGCGCAUCGCGCUACGCAGCGUUAAACAGAGCGUAACGCGACGCGUCGGUGAUAGCGACGACAGAUCUGGGCAGCGAUCGGCACCGAUGCCGUUCGUCGCUGCUGCCGCCUCCGGUCACAGUUGUAGCAGCAGCAACAGCAGCAGUGGCGCCGCAGCCGCCUCCUCCUGUGACGACAGCGAAUCAGCUCUGGAGCUGCGCCACUUCUUUCUCUCCCCAGCCGCCGCGUACGUUACGGCCGCGGCGGCGGUCGCCAUGGAUCACGCCAAGAAUCGCGCGAGUGCCGGACAAGAUGAAAAAUGCAGAGACUUCCUGUUACGGCAGUCACCGUCCGCAGCGCCGCUGCAGUCCGUUGGCUGGCUAGUCGUGGCCUGCGAAGUCCUCCGCCGAGAGCUGCGCUGCUACAUCCUGGCAGAGAUGCGCAUGAACGGCUACUUAGAGGAGUCGGUGACUGCGCAUACAGAAGAGGCAGUCAUCGGGGCCACUCCAGGUAAUACUACAGCUGAGGCGCCAGCGCCGCACCUCCCCUGCCCUCUGGUACCGCACUGGCGCCUCGACAUCUCCGAAGCGCAACUGAAGGCCUUCAUCAACGCACUGGCAGACGCUGUGGAACCGCUUACCGGGGCGCUUGUGGAGGCGAUGUCCUUCGCACUCCUCCAACCGCUUCUGCUCCUGCUCGUCCUUGACGUCCUUCACGGGCUUUUGAGCAACAAUGCCCACACGCAUGAGGCUGAGGGCGUGGCAGAUGAAGCGACGCAACGCAACCCCGCAGCCAAGGAAGCGUCGUCCUCGGUGGUCCAGUGCGCUGAUGCGUCCAUCCUGCUGCUGCUGCGGCAGUGGAUCCGUGGCGUCGCGGCGCCGCUCUACCAGCGCAUGGAGGAUGCCGGCAAAAAGGUGGCGCUGCAAGUUCUCACGGACGACUUCGCUCGUGAGCACCUGACGACUCCCCGCGCCGAAGGUGCGGCAGCGUCGCUGGGCAGCGGUGCACCAGUGUCAGCGAGCUACCAUGACUCGGACUUGCACGUCAAGUGGAGUCAGUGGCGUAACGAGACGGCGGCACGCAACGUAAAUGAGAAAGCGGCAGCGAUGCUUGAGUGCCUCAGCAUGUGCGCGGCGGCGGAUCAUCAGCAACUGGUGCGCACGGCUCUGCCAAGGCUGAGUCACGACGAAGCGCCACAGCAGGCAGUGUCUGCAGUGUCACAGGACUGUCUUGGCGCAAAGACCACCGGCAACAGCGCUGUGGCCGCGGCAACGGCUAUUGGAUCUACCUGGUUAGACGCCGGGAGUGCACUGCGCACCUCACUCUUCAACACCAUUGGCGCGACAGUGGCUCCUCGUGCUGCUCAUCAGCACCAGCAGCAACAUGUUCGGAUACCCUCAUCCGCGGUCUCCUCACCGCGGGGAGAAGCGCAGCCAGCUACGGUCUCACCGGUCGCAGUCUCGCUGCCUUCCCACAUACCCCAGUCGCAAGCAGUGCUAGGAAUGCACCCUAGAGACAGCGACGGCAGCAGAGCCUCGGGCUUGGCGGUAGCUGGCACCAAUGAGUUACAGCUGCUCUUCAAAGAGGAGGCCUUCAAGAGACGCCAGUGUAGCGGGCAGCUCCUGCACGAGCAGCAGCAGUUCUUCGCCUCCCUCACCUUUCAGAGCAAUCUUCUCCAAGUGUACGUGGCACUGAGGAUCGAAAAGCGUCGGAUGGAGCUGGUGGACUUUGCGCUCGAUCAGCACGACCUCAUAUUUGCCUUAGCCCAUCGAGAGCAGAAGCUGCGCUUUGAUGACGCGCGCGAGGAGCUGCGCCGUGCCUGGUGUGAAUGGGGGGAGCGGCAGCGGCUGGCGAUGCGGCGGCUGCUGCAGGAGGAACGUGAUGCUCGCAUGGGGGUGCAGGCCACUGACUACGCUGCCCGGCAUCUCCUCCUCGAUGCGGAGCGGCAAGAGCGGCGCUUGUGGGUGCUGUACCAGGAGGGUCGUGCCGGUGUCAUAGCACUCGAGGAUGACGCGCGAGAUGGGCUAGCGAUGGCUGCGGCUCGUGCACACCUGGAGCUUACAAAGCGUGCUGCGGAGGCUGAGGAAGAGGCGUACUGGAAAGAAGAGGAAGCAAUCUGGGAACGCAUGCAAGAGGAAGAGCAGCAGGAGACGAACUGGCGCCCACACCAAUCACUGCUCGCGGUGCAGGCAGAGAGGGAGGGGAGCCGCAUGUCCUCCUCUUCGUGGGCAUCGUCGUCCUCCGCUGCUGCGGCAGCAGCGCACCCAAGAGUCGCACAUGGUGACAGAGCACGAGGCGUCAGUGACGAUAACAGCGCAGCAGCGCUGAAGAACGUUCGGCGAGGCAGUCGCAAAGGGCUAGGUGGCAGCGCUGCUGCCGUGGUUCCCCUCCACUCCUCAUGCAGCGGUGUUGGCCAGCGAGAGGCAAGCGAUGCAUUCACACCGACACCGGUGAGAGCGGGUGUCACGGCAAUCACAUCAGCGACAGUUCAGCCGCAGCCGCAGCAAGCGCCACCCCACAGCGCUUCGCUGGUGGCCCACACGACACAUUUAGAGAGCGACGAGGACGUGGGGCUGUAUGGGGGCGGCGGCCUGGCACAGGCAGCAGUGCAGUCAACCAUCAGCGGCGCCGGCAGUCUCCUCAGCGCCCUCUCGCAGUGGCAAACGGCACUGCGCGAAACCGUCGCCCCAACCCCGCCAACACGCUGCAGGGGUAGGGCUAUGGAUAGGCAAGCAGCAGUGUCAGACGCAGCCACAAGCAGCACGGCUGGGCAGGCGUCAGUCACUGUCCCCAUCGCCAAGGAGGUUCAGCCGCCAACACCCGUCGAGGUCGAGCCUCCUGAGUUGACGACUAAGGAAGACGCGACGCGCGCCGCUACGGUGUUGUCUCUGCCCGCUCGCAGAAUCAUCCCUCUACGGAGGACCUCCGUUGAUGGAAAAACGUCAGCAGCGGCGCCGAACGAGGGUCUUCAGCAGGAUACUACAGUAGCGACGGGUUCCGGCUCCGCUGUCGGUGGCGGCGGUACGUCAGUGGCAGGAGCGGUCGUGACAGCAAAGCCGCUUCGAAGGAAAAAAGGGUUCGCUGCCGCUGCCGUCCUCGUGAAGCCUGUCUCCUCCUCCGGCCCCGCUCACGGUGCACUCCAAGCGCCAUCGUUUCCACUGCCCCUGCACCAGUCGGUAAAGCAGCCUUGUGGACAGCAGCACCAGCAACCCCCCUCGCCGGAGGCUCCGGCCAUGCUGAACCCAAUGCGUAACAUACUGCCGGGGAUUGAGGCGGCAGCCACGGAGGUCCUCUCAGAGCCCACAGGGGCGCCGUCGCCGGUGGCGCAGCGGGAGAACGCGCCAUUGCAGACACAACCGCAAGGCUCUCCAUCGGCGCGUGCUCCACACACUGACUGGAGUGAGUUAUCAACGGUCAACCACAGCAGCGGCAGGAGCAGCCACAGCGUCCCUUCUCCUUUGUGUGGACCAGAGACACCUGCGUUAACAGUCGCCGCAGCGCUGGACACGAACGAAAGGGCUGAGGUGCAGGCGGGGAGGGAAACCCAGUCCGACCCUGCUGCUCUCGGUCCAGUGUGUACUGCCCGGCGAGCUGAGGAUGUGGCGAACGUGGCCGCAGCUGACGCCAACGAAGAAAAUGCGGAGAUGAGCCCCGAAGUGCACAUCCACGGCACGAAACCUGCGGUGAAGGUCGGCAAAGCAGCAGCAGCAGCAGCGAUGGCCGAUGAUGCGUCGUCGCCAGCUCAAUUCGCGCCGAGCUCGGAUGCGGCACGCGUGCGCCGCGGGUUGCACAGCCAUACCCCUCUUGCAGGGCCCUUGCCUUUGCCCGGUGCACUCAUUUUCCGGGGGGUGCCGCUGCCGAGUGCGGGGGUGGGCGACGAUGACUGGGGGUGGAGUGACGAUGACGCUCGCAUCGCCGUCCCCACUGAGGGGACAUGCCAGCUGCCCCCGCCACAGCCCACACACAACGACUACGGCGUCAUUGCUAUGCCAGCAGCAGCAGCAGCAGCAGCAGCAGCACCGCCACCGUCAGCACAUCUGCCCAACCUCAGCAGAAGCAGCGCCAAGGGCACGUGGUCGCGUGACGACGACUCCUUUGGCAGCGACAUUGCCGCCACAGCGCCGGACACAGCACCACAUGGGGUGCCAUCAACUCCUUCGGGCACCGUCGCAGCACCCACGACGAGAUCCGCGGUGCUUGCAGACCUGCAAGAGGUGUACGCAGCAGAACUGGAGAUGCGCGAGCAGUUGGUAGAGCUGCUGUGA